GAGCCUAGUGAGUCAGUAGUAUAAAUACCAAACUAAAAUUUAAAAACCUCAACGUUACUCAAACCGAUAUAAAAAUAAAGCGGUUCCAUUUUUUCUUUUCUCCAUAUGCCAUUGAGAUUUUGUGUAUUGGGAAUUAUAUUUAUUGGACCGUUUAAUUUGUGAUUCACAUUAAUUUCUCAAGCACCAGAGUUUUUAGAUUCACUCUUCUGAAUGUGGUUGUAGUGAGAGAGAAAAAAAAGAGGCCAAAAUUGUUUGUUUGUUUGUUUGUUGAGUAAGGGUUUUGCGUUGCGUUAUGGCUGAAUCAUCGGCGUGUCUUGUUCGAUCCUUCUCCUCUCCCGCAGAAACUACUUGUUACGAGGGUAACCCCAUUCUUGCGCUUGGAGAAUCUAUCUCGUUUGGGAGGUUUAUGACAGAGAGCCUGGAUUGGGAGAAAUGGUCAACAUUUUCACACAAUCGCUACGUAGAAGAAGCCGAGAAAUAUUCCAAGCCGGGUUCUGUUGCCGCUAAGAAAGCCUACUUUGAGGCUCAUUACAAAAGAAAGGCUGCAGAGCGAGCAGCUGCUGUGAUCCAAGAAGCAAACGCUCAGGCUAAUGGAACUUUUGAGGCACAAGUUCAUGAAGGAAACUGUGCCGAUUCAUCCUCUGAGACAAGUUCAAAUGUGGAAAACACUGUGGCCGCCAAUGAACAGCCGGAUAAUGAAACUGUUAAUUACCAAGUUGUUGAAUGUGCUGAUAGAGACCAACAUAAAUGUGAUGCCCGACAAAGUGAUUUGGACAUUUCUAAUGUGGAAGGAGCAGAGGAUGUGCCGCGUCAUCACACUGCUACGGAUCUUAAUGUGGAAAGUUGCAGAUUUGUUGAUAAUUCUAAUUCUAACCAGCUUUAUCUUGUUGAGGACAAUACAGAUAUUGCUGUCCCUGCAGAAGAGAUGACACUAGAUCAUGUUCCUGUUGAUCAGGAAGUUUUGGCUUUGCCUGUCAAGGGAAGAGAAGUAAACUCUUCUCCAAAAUUAUCAACCAAAACUGGGGUUGCCAAUCAUUCUCGUUCUUUUGAUGAAAGGAAGGCUGCUGUGCCACCCAGAAGUGGAAUAAACAGUGGUCCGAUGGGUAAGAAGUCUGUUGGAGGCUUAGUUGAGAAGAAGAGACUAACUGCACAGUCAGUCCACAUGUCAAUCAAUCUUCCAUCUGGUACCGGUGAAACACGCAAAAGAACUGCUGCAGCUUCACAGUCCAGAAAUGGCUUAAACAAUUUUUCAACAAGUAAGAAGUCUGUUGGAGGGUUGGUUGAGAAGAAAAGAAUAACUGCACCAUCACUUUACAUGUCAAUCAAUCUCCCAUCUGGUGCCGGUAUCACAAGCAAAACAGCUACUGUAGUUACUAAACCCAGAAAUGGAAUAAACUUUGCUGCAAAAAGUUUGAAGUCUGUUGGAGACUCAGUGGAGAAGGGACCAACUAAAAGGUCACUCCACAUGUCAAUCAAUCUGCCUUCUGGUGCAGGUGAAACAAGUAAAACAGCUUCAGUGUUGGAACAGAACAGAAUUAAAAAAAAUCAUUCCAACAUUCCAAAAAAUAAUCCAGGGGCGUUGCGGACAUCGACAAAGGUAUCUCAUGGUUUGCUAAAUCAAGCUUCAGCUAAUCCCCCUUCUCGGGAUAGAAGCUGCCUGAAAUCUUCAAGCCCCACCAAAAGCAACCCCCAAUCAGCUACCAUAUCUGCACCUUUUAGAUUCAGAAGUGAGGAAAGAGCAGUUAAACGCAAAGAGUUCUUGCAGAGGAUGGAUGAAACUAAAUCCAAGGAAGAAGAGAAAGUUAAGUUGCAAAGGACUCUCAAGGGUAAAACAGAGCAUGAUCACAAGAAGCUGCAGCAGAGCAGUGGCUCUAUAUCCAAACUUAAUGAAGACAAGCCUGGUGAAUCACAAUCUCCAAGCAAUCAGACUAGAAAGAUCUCGCUUACGCUGCCCCGGUCACCAAAACUUGGGAGGAAAGCAAGUUCUAGUUCUAGCACAGUCCAGGACAAAAGCUUAGGAAAUUCAUGGAAGCCUCCUAUCAGCACCUCCAAGCGUACUACAGAAAAAAAUAACCGAACAACACGGCAAUCAGUAACUUUAUUAUCAAAUAAUACAAGAGAAAAUGCUUCACCAAAUAUUCAGCAAUGAGAACAAGGAGCAUCUGACUGAGCAUGUGAUCUGAAGAAAAAAGCUGUCAAAGAGACUGAAAACACUAGUGUUUAGACAGCCUAAAAUACCCCGAUGUGUUCACAUUUAGAAGGAUAAUUUUGUAGUCUUUUGUUAGUUAUAUCUAGGACUCAAUAAGUUUUGACCUAGGAGCAUUAGCAUAUAUGUUGAAACCUAAGUUUGUAAAAAAAUAGGUUUAGGCUAUAUACGUAAAGGUAAAUAGGACUUGUAUUACCUUUAGUUGCAUUCAACUUUGAUUCGCCACUUUGUUACGCACCAUUCAAAUAUUAAGCGUUGAGGACAUGAAUAUAUUUUUUUUC